AUGUUUUCUCGAAGUGUGAAAAUUCCAUAUGAAGUUUUAUUCUUGUAUGAAGAGGGCAUUGCUGCAUUUUCUGCUACAGUUUCAUCUUCUAAGUGUAGUAGUUCUGGUGUUGAUAUAAUGAAUGAGUAUGUAAAAUACAUGCUUACAGCAGAAGCAGAUACUGCUUGUGCUGACCUGAUUAUCGAAGUCUGCCGGGAUCAACGUUGUUGUGAAAUACAGCAAGUAGAGCCAAGUCCAAAGGCUGGCGUAGCCGCUCGUCUUCCGGGGAAGUUCGAUGGGAGCCGCACGGCUGGCUGGAGGGGUGUUGCUGAAUACAGUUGUGAAUAUGGCUCGCUCAAGUUUUAUGCUCUCUGUGGCGUUGGUGGGGUCCUAAGUUGUGGCCUGACACACACUGCUGUUGUACCUCUGGAUUUAGUGAAAUGUCGUAUGCAGGUUGAUCCACAAAAAUACAAGAGCAUCUUCAAUGGAUUUUCAGUGACAGUCAAAGAAGAUGGUGUCCGUGGCUUGGCUAAGGGAUGGGCUCCAACCUUUAUUGGAUAUUCCAUGCAGGGGCUUUGUAAAUUUGGUUUCUAUGAAGUUUUCAAAAUCCUGUAUGGCAACAUGCUGGGAGAGGAAAAUGCAUAUUUGUGGCGUACUUCGCUAUAUUUAGCUGCAUCUGCCAGUGCGGAGUUUUUUGCUGACAUUGCUCUGGCUCCAAUGGAAGCUGCUAAAGUUCGUAUUCAAACACAGCCUGGAUAUGCUAACACUCUGCGGCAGGCUGUACCUAAAAUGUUUGGAGAAGAAGGCAUCUGGGCUUUUUAUAAAGGUGUUGCACCACUAUGGAUGAGACAGAUUCCAUACACAAUGAUGAAAUUUGCCUGCUUUGAACGUACUGUUGAAGCUCUCUACAAGUACGUCGUUCCCAAGCCACGAAGUGAAUGUACAAAAGCAGAACAGCUGGUAGUCACAUUUAUUGCAGGCUAUAUUGCUGGUGUGUUCUGUGCAAUUGUUUCCCAUCCUGCUGACUCUGUGGUGUCUGUGUUGAACAAAGAAAAGGGCAGUUCUGCCUCACAGGUUCUUAUGAGACUUGGAUUCAAAGGUGUAUGGAAAGGUCUGUUUGCUCGUAUCAUUAUGAUUGGUACCCUGACUGCACUACAGUGGUUCAUCUACGAUUCUGUGAAGGUUUAUUUCAGACUUCCUCGUCCACCUCCACCUGAAAUGCCAGAAUCUCUGAAGAAGAAGCUUGGUCUAACUGAAUAGACAACUCAUGGACUGACUAUGCUGGUUGUCCCAGUGAUGAGUUUCAUGAAACUUUUAUAUAUUUGACUAUGUAGAAAAGAAACUCUAUAUGAUGUCAUUAUUGGCUGUGCCCUCAUCUCAGAUGAGGGUUUAAAUUCUACCACUGUCAUUGCCUGAAAUAAAUGAGAAACAG